AUGUCCGGCGGUAUCUCCAAAGCCGUCACCAACGCCAUGGACAUUGGUGCCAACAGUUUUGCUCUUUUCCUCAAGUCUCCUAGAAAGUGGGUGUCUCCUGACAUUCCUGAUGCUGAAGCUGAGAAAUUUGCUGAACUUUGUAAAAAGUACGGAUACAACCCUAGAACCGACAUUUUACCCCAUGGUUCCUACUUUAUCAACUUGGGUAAUCCUGAUCCAGAAAAGGAAGAGAAGGCAUAUGGGUCAUUCCUUGACGAUUUGAAACGGUGUGAGAAGUUGAAUAUUGGAUUAUACAAUUUCCAUCCGGGUUCAAGCUUGGACUCUGACCACGGAGAAGCCCUUGAGAGAUUGGCCAAAAACAUCAAUAAGGCAAUCAAGGAAACUGAAUUUGUCAAGAUUGUUAUUGAAAAUAUGGCCGGUCAUGGAAACUUGAUUGGGUCCAAUUUACAAGAUAUUCGUGAUGUUAUAGAUAUGGUCGAGGAUAAAUCUCGUGUUGGGGUAUGCUUAGACACGUGCCACUCAUUUGCAGCCGGAUACGACAUUAGUGAUGAAGAAAAGUUCAACGCAUUCUUGAAACAAUUUGAUGAUAUAAUUGGUGCUGAAUACCUUUCUGCUAUUCAUUUGAAUGAUUCAAAGGCUCCAUUGGGUGCUAAUAGAGAUUUGCAUCAGAAAUUAGGGUAUGGAUUCCUUGGAUUGGAAGUGUUUAGAGUGAUUGCCAAUUGUGACCGAUUGAAAACUAUUCCUAUAAUCUUGGAGACACCAGUGGGUAAUGAUGAUUCUGUAUACGGAGAAGAAAUCAAGUUGCUAGAAUGGUUAGAAGGAAGACUGAUUGAUGAUGGUGAAUUUGUCGCAAAAACCGAGGAAUUGUCCAAACUUGGUAGUAAAGAGCGUGAUGAACACCUUAAAAAGUUUGAAGCAAAGACUGCCAAGUCUGAAAAGAAGACUGGAACUAAAAAGAGAACUGUCAAGGUGGAAAUUACCACCAUGGUUUCUAAAAAGACAAAGACUAAGUAG